AUGGUUGUCAUCAAUUCUAAAUCUUUGCCGCUGGCGGCUGGUCUUUUUAUCUCAGCUACUUCGGCUGCAGAUGUUGCGUUAUAUGGUCAAUGUGGAGGGUCGGGAUUUACAGGAUCGUCAUCUUGUGUUUCGGGGGCAGUUUGUCAAUCCCAAAAUGCAUUUUAUUAUCAAUGUGUAGCAGGAGCUGCAACGGCAACGAGCGCAGCUGAGGUGGUCUCGAGUACUGCAGUCGCUCCUGUGACGACGGCUUUGGCUAUCUCGAGCUUAGCUCCAGCAGUUUCAAGCUCCGUUUUACAAAUAUCCUCAGCCACUACGAAGAAAAAGUGCUCCUCGACUACUUUCGCUACUUCGGUUGCUAAACAAUCUACUUCAGUAGCCAGCUCUUCGGUUAUUGUUCAAGAAAGUUCUGCUGCUCAAGCGAUUUCUUCCCAGAGAAGCUCUGUCCAGUCAUCAGCAGUAGUCGCAAGUUCCUCUUCUACUUCCAGCGUACCCCUCAUUACUACAACAUUUGCAGCUCUCCCAACUGCCAUUGUUUCUACAUCCGCCGCCCUAGUUACCUCAACUCAAGCUGCUAUUGUAGCAACGAGUUCUUCCAGCGCUGCAGUUGCAUCGACUGCAAGCUCAUCCGCAUCUUCCGGAACCAAAUAUCUUAUGGUUUUCGGUGAUUCCUACACAUCCGACGGAUUCUACGGCGGAGCCACUCUUCCCUCCGCCGAAAACCCACUCGGAGUCGCCCUCCCCGGAUCCACCACCGACGGCGGUCUCGGCUGGCUCGGCGUCGUCGCCACCGAACUAAACAGUUCCCUCGUUCUCGGUUACGAUUACGCCGAAUAUGGCGCUACCACUGACAACACCCUCGUCAACGGUGCCACCCACGAUCUCAUUGCCCAAGUCACCGAAUUCUCAACCUACGCUGCACACAAUGUGUCCAGCGCGCCUUGGACCGAAGACAACACCAUGGCGAUCGUCUGGAUGGGCAUCAACGAUGUCGGAAACUCAUACUGGGAUGGAUUUGUCACUCCAUUCGACAACAUCCUCGACGUGUAUUUCGCACAGCUUCAAAUCCUAUACGAUGCGGGUAUCAGAUACUUUACACUAUUCACCAUUCCCCCCUUCGACCAAGCCCCCGUUUUCGCCGAGCAAACCGCUCAAAAUAUGGAUUACGUACGCGGCAACAUAAGCACCUACAACGCCGAUCUCGUAACUCGUUUGGCGACCUUCGAGGCUGCGAAUAGUGGCGUCACCGGCACGAUUUUCAACACGACCGAAUCUUUCUAUACCGUGUUGGAUGAUCCAGCGACCUACGGCUUGCCAGAUGCGACAUGUAUGAAUGCGGAUGGGACUUCGUGCUUGUGGUAUGAUAGUUAUCAUCCGGGUCAAGCUAUUCAGAAGUUGGUGGCGGAGAACUUUGUUAAGGCGAUGAGUGGAAUUUUCUCGCUCUAA